GGAUUAGCAGAAUGCACCAAGACAUCGGGUUCUCGAGAGCUAAGAAUUCCGCGUCUACUAAAAUGUUCAGUACCCCAGACUAACAAAUCCUCACAACUGGAGAUAGAAGCUGAGGACUUAGAACGCAAGCGGCUCCUUCCACAACGUCUCCUUAGGCUAAAUCCCUGUACUUGGGACCAAAAGGACAAGACUGACCGCGGGGCAGCUGCGGAGCAUGUCGACCCCGGCCCGUAGGAGGCUCAUGCGGGAUUUCAAGCGAUUGCAGGAGGACCCACCUGUGGGGGUCAGUGGUGCACCGUCUGAAAACAACAUCAUGCAGUGGAAUGCAGUUAUAUUUGGACCAGAAGGGACACCCUUUGAAGAUGGGUUUUCUCAGUUACUCUGUUUCGAUAGCUGGAGAAUGACCCCAAGUGUGUCAGGCCAGCUCUUCACCGUGCUGACAUUGCUCCAACCCCUUUCUACUCUGAGACAAGGUACUUUUAAACUAGUCAUAGAAUUUUCUGAAGAAUAUCCAAAUAAACCACCAACCGUUAGGUUUUUAUCCAAAAUGUUUCAUCCAAAUGUGUAUGCUGAUGGUAGCAUAUGUUUAGAUAUCCUGCAGAAUCGAUGGAGUCCCACAUACGAUGUCUCUUCCAUCUUAACUUCAAUUCAGUCUCUGUUGGAUGAACCGAAUCCAAACAGUCCAGCAAAUAGCCAAGCAGCACAGCUUUAUCAGGAAAACAAACGGGAAUAUGAGAAGAGAGUUUCGGCCAUUGUUGAGCAAAGCUGGAAUGAUUCCUAAUAGACACCUGGUCUGUUCAUCUUUUCAUCGUUGUUGUGUAUAAUUUACCUCCCAGUAGAAAGGCUAGCAAGUUUUAAGUGCCACGGGUUUUAAGGAUUCUGCAGAGAAAAAAGAAAAAGUCCUUCAGUUUAGAACCUACAAAAGCUUGUGUAUCUUGAUUAAUGUACUUUUUAUUGCAUGGUGUGAACUAAGUUAUUGCUGCAUAAAUUUGUAAUAUA